AGUUGUGAAAACCUAAGUGGUAGUCUUCAGUCAAAGUUGAAAUGUUGAGCUCUGUUAUCAUUGGCUUCGGCCUCGUGGCCUCCGCCUUCGCUAGUGAUGCCCUUCCAGAUUUCUUAGUCCCUGGAAAGUGCGCGAACGUGAAAGUCCAGGACAAGUUCGAUCUGCGGAGAUAUCACGGCCGUUGGUACCAAACAGAAAUCAUGGAGAAUGCUUACCAGCCUUACACCAAAUGCAUCAACUCAUUCUACGAUUACUCCGAUGCCGACUACGGUUUCAGCGUCGCCACAGCUGGUUUCAGCCCAAAAGACGAACACCUGAAGUUGGAGGGCAAGAUCUACCCAACUAAGGAAUUUGCCGCCAGUCACAUGUUGAUUGACUUCCCAACAGUGAUGGGAUACCCUUAUCAAAUCAUCGAGACCGACUACGACACAUACUCUUGCGUCUACUCCUGCCUCGACUGGAACACCUACAAGACCGAGUUCGCCUUCGUCUUCUCCAGGACGCCCCAGAACGGAGGACCUGCCACCGAGAAGUGCGCCGAGGUCUUCAGGAGGAACGGAAUCGAUUUCUCCAAAUUCCUUACUGUCCCUCACUCAGCUGAGUGCGUCUACAGAGCAUAAGUUCCAUUGGACAAUUCUUUUCUUCAAAGCUCAGUAAAACUUCCACUAGUUUGCACUAUGUAAGAUUCUGUUCGCAAUUUCGAAAAAUCUAAUAUAUGUCUGUAACCACUCACAUUGCCUAAAUGUAUUUUUUUUAUUUCUGCGUGCGGGUGUAUAAAUACACGGACGAAAAGCCAAA